UUUGAUCUUCCAUUUUUUGACACUAAUUUUGUUCUGAAGACCGGCUACCAAUACGUAUAAUCAUCAAAAUGGAGUAUUCCGAGAUUCCACCUAGUCGUUGAGUGUGCGUGAAUUUCUCAUAGUGCCAGAAAGUGCCGGCUGCUGGUAACCUGCACCGGCGUUGUUUGUUGUUGUUUGGGGCUUUAGGUUGUGGCGCUAGAAUGAAAUUUGACAUGACUGCUCGACCGCUUGUGAAACAUGUCCCGAAAGACCGACGCUCUGUCCACUGGUCAUGAAUGGGGUGCACUUUAGGUGACAACUGUUGCGUCGCGUUCGGUCAACGCAAUGGCAGAGGACAGGACGACUGUUGCGGGCCUGACGCUCCCACCAAAAGUCGUUGGGGAUGUGAGCGGGCAUUUGGUUAUGAAAGUGGAUGAAGUUUUGUGGGCCCGAAAACCUCCUGGAGAGGUGUCGGCGGUUGUCUUAUGGUGGGGUGGAGAAGAGCCUACGACCUUCAGACCGACAGACGUUGCUCAAGAAACUAUAAGAAAGAGGAACACUGGUGUCAUCUAUGAAAUCCGAACUUCACCAGCUUUGUUUGAGAAGUACCUUCAUAAAUGUGGCAGCCUUGAAAUCGCAAUGGCAGACAAAUACGGCAUGCCCAUUGGAUGUGUUAGUGUUCCAAAUUUGUGGCAAAUGUUUGGCUCUUGUCCGUAUCAGGGGUACUAUCCCAUUGUCAACAAUUUUGGGAACCGUAUUGGUGAUCUUCAUGUCAGCUUCAACUUGCGUAUGUCUGCAAGUAUUGACCCCAAAUCAACGUCCUAUAAAAAUUCUGUGAAAACUAAGGUACUGCAAAAACCAACAUCUGUGAAGCAGUCACAAUUUUCUAAAGAAGCUAAAACAAAGAGUAAUGAGAAAGUAGUCAAUGAAACUAUUUCAAAACGUGAAGUUUCAAGUGUAUCAGCUCAAAAAUGUGAUUCCAAUGAUGAUUAUUUUGUGAAUGUAGAAAGCCUAGAUUCAGUCCAAAAUAGAGUGUCUCCAACAAGCAAUAUAAUUUCUCAAAUACUCGAACAUGGGACUAGACUAAGAGAUGCAAUGACUGCCUCAGUGAUGGAAGAUGGCGUCCCAUUAGAUUUGAAAAGUAUUCCUAACUUCAAUCUGCUCUCAUCUGACAUACUGAAAGAUGUGAGAGUUCCGCAAACUCUUGACACAUUACCUACCAAUCAACUGGGUCCUUCCCAUCAAAACUCAGGUGUAAAAAAAAUAAGUCCAGUCUCUGAGAAAAAAGUCCUUGAUUAUUUAUCUGGUAAACCAAUGUCUUCAAUGGAGGAGGAAGAAGCGCUUUCUGCUUUACGAAAUAUUACUCCUACUAAAGAUAUAUUGGAAAGUGUUGUGCCCGACAUCUAUGGAGAAUCCAAAGUGAGACUGGAGCUGCAGGAGUCACCAAAGUCAAGAGAGAAUAUGCCUGAAGAUUCAGCUGAGACAAAUGAAAUAAAUGCUCCCAUCAAUGGGAAUGAAUGUUCUUUCGAAGUUGACUCUCAACUUCUCUCCCAAGUCAAUUGUUUACGUGUAACCGUCCAUAGCUUGGUUUUAAAUUCUGUUGGGAUUAAGAGAAUAGGAAAUGCCCCCAAGAAGAAGAGUUCUGCCAGUCACUCCAAUAUUUCAUUGCAACCACCAGGUGUCACCUAUUUUGUAGAAUACAAGUUCCCUCUGGUGCCAGAGUCUCGCUCAUGGGAAUCAGACGUGCGUUAUUGUUCAAAACGGUUUAAUGGACAUGAGGUUACUUUUGGAGAUCGUACUGUUCAUAAUAUUCCUGAGACAUGGCGUUGUUCUUUACCUGAAGAAACAAACUUGUGCAGCCUCAUUUCAGCUCUAUCCUUUAAAGUUUGUGCUCGACAUCUGCAUCAGCGUGUUCCUGUGUACUUGGGUUCUGCCGCACCAAAUUCUGCCAAAGAACUUGUCAAUUCAUUACACCUUCGUCAUGACUUUGAUCUCCCUGUUAUUGCUACUGAUUGUCUUCCUGUUGCUCAGUUGAAAAUUUGUUUUGAGUUGGGACGUGAUCGAAUACACUUCGGAGGCUUGCUUGAUCCAGAAAACAAUUCACUUGGCAUCAGAAGUCCAAGAAAAACGUCUUCUGCUUCCAAAAAAAGCCAGGUUUCUCUGAAAAAUGCUUCAAACAAAAAGGCUGGUAGAAGUGUUACUACAGUUACAAGAAAUAUUCACUCUAAACAUUCCUCUGUCUAUAAAUGGAAGUCUGGAGUUCCUCGUCAAGUUUCCCAAGCGGAUCAAGUAAUCAAACGACUUGUGGCGCAGGCCAACAACGCUUCAAAGCCUUCCCAUCUAUCGGACUCUUCUAGUGCUCAAUCAUCAGCACGGCCAAAGCUGAAAUCACACAGCUCCUCCCUCUCAACAAAAGACCAGAGUUUAGCAUAUGUGCCUAGCAGCAAGUCUAGCCUUCCCAAACAACAUGCCAAUGUCCAGGAUACUGGGCAGCUCUUGAAGCAUGAAUUAGCUGUUGCUAUUAUUCAAGUUAUAGAUUCGAAUUAUUUAAAAAGUUCUGUUGCUGAGGAUAGAAGUUUCUACAUAUCGUACAAGUUCCCAGUAUCAAAUACCUUGAAGAAUGAUUUUGUUGAUUGGAAUACUUGUAGCACUGAGCCAUCAGAAGGCGCUGAUGGAACCUGGCAAAAGUCUCAGAAUAAAAUUCAUACUGCUGUUCUGCCCAAACAUAAAGCAUUCCAUGUUUUCCUUGAGCAAGCCUUUAAACUUCAGGGAAUGCAGAAAAGGGCUUGUGUUGUUUUUACACUAAACUUAAGGACCUACGGUGAAGAAGUGAAAGAUUUCAUGGUUGCGGAGGCCUUCUUACCUCUAACCUGCAUGUUAACUCUUGAAGAUGCAUACAAUGAUGCAUCAAAAAAUAGUGCGAACUUUUCUCAAUCGUCCUGUUCAAGUGUUGUUUUAGACUUGCCUUUUCAAGACUUGUCGAAACAAUGCCAGAAACCCACAGAGAAUAGUGGUUCUUUAAGAUUAAAACUAGACUAUCGUCAUUCUGUUGUCAACCUCAUGCAAAAGGGCCAUUUACCUCGAAGUAGAGGAGAUUCUAUAACGGAGAAUCUACCUUCUUAUGAUUUGGUAGAAACACGCUUUCAAAAACAGAAACCAGAAAUUGAUGUUGUUUUGAGUGAGUCUUUUGAUUUAUCCACAACUGUUCCAAAUUGGGCCAAAGAUAAAAAGUUCCCUUCAUCACAGCUGGAUGACACCUUUCUGAUUGGCAAAAAAGUGCGCCCAGAGUCUUACUGUACUGAAGGUAUUAGACAAAAUAAUACAAAUUCUAGCCCAAGAAAUAUUCAUGCAUCCUGGGAACCUGUUGAUGAGCGCACUGCUAGAUCAAGGAUACCCAGCAGAAUGUCAGACAGUGCAUACCAGCUGAGCCCUUCAUGCAAUUCAGAAAACAACCAAAGUAUUGCUGAUAUGAUUGACAUGACAAAGGGGAUGAGUCAAUGUGCUCUGAAUAAAAAUAGUCACUCUGUCAAUGUCAGUUCUCGGCCUUUGAGAGUAGAGGAUUCUUUUGACCGUGCCACUCCAAGGAAUGCAAGUUUUACUUCCCAAGGGAAAAUGAAAAAAGUUGUUGAUGCUGUAACCAGCACCAGCCCUUCCUUACAGCACAAUCAUACUUCCAGCAGAGGUACCAGUCCAAUAGCUUCAUCGAAGCUGGUUUCAAAAAUUUCUGAUUGUGUGCAUACAGCGACUAGCACAGAAAAGGUUUCUGCUCGAGAUAAAUCUCAACAAGUGAUCAUCGAAAGUACUUCUCAAGGAAGUCAAACCACACCCAGAGAAAGGAAGGAAACCUCCCAAAGGGACGUUGGAACUUCUGCUGAUCUACCGGGGAAUCAAAAUGGGGAGCGAUCACCAUCUAAAAGUGAAUUUACUACCAUUGUGCUACCACAGCGGAGUAUUGAUGAUGUGGAAACUUUAGAAAUCGUAUCAGAACAAGGCUCUAGCUCAGGCACAUCAGUACAUAAAGAGUUUUCUGUAGAAACUUCUACUGCAUCAAAAGAGGUGGUUUUUGUAAAGGAGGUGGCUCAAGAUAUCACCAAUGAGACCUCAAACUUUGCACCAUCUUCUUUCCAAGCAAAGAUUGGAGUAGAAUGUGCUUUGCAUUUACAAACAAGAAGCCCUCCUUCUGAGUCAAGAGGAGAUCAAAAUGACAAUUCACUAGUGUUUGUCAGUAUUAAUCCUUGUGGAGUUGAUGGUCACAUAUCGGCUCAUAUGGGCUUGAAUCCUGUUUCAAUCAGCCCUUCUGUUGAGUACAAUGGUGAACCUGAGUGGCAUUGGGAGACUAAGGUUCAUCUGCCUGUUGACCUUCUAGUAUCGACUGUUAAACGCUUAAUUUUCAAGCUGUGGCUAGAAGAAAAAGCUGCUCAUCUCAAGAAAAAUCACCAGAAUUCAUCAGCAACCCUGUUAGGAUUUUCAGCAGUUGAUCUCACUGUGUUGUCUGCAGGUUUGCCAUUCAUAUCUGGAUGGUAUAAUGUCAUGGACUUUUCUGGAGCUUGCAGGGGUCAAAUCAAACUUUCUGUUGAGCCACUGGAGAGUGUAUCUGCACUUGUUGAUUCAUCAUCACUGAUCUUCACAAAUGAUACUCAAAGUAACUCCCCACUUUCAAUGUUUGUGGCUCACUGUGCGUACCCUGACUUCCCAUCCCACGUGACCCAGUUUCCUGAUAUGAGAGUUCAGAAAGUGGUCCCGCAGCCUUCUGAUCAGGCCAUGUCAGCUGUCUUGAGUGGUUACCAACUUGUUCGUCAGCAUUGCUCUAGCAGCGGUUCUGACCAUCACACCAAGACUCCGGAACCAGUAGCUGGUAAUUCAAGAUUGAAAUCCUACACAACAUUACAAAGGGAAAAAGAUGCUCGUGUACUUGAAGCUUGCCCAUUAGAUGUCAGCCAGCAAGAUGUGGCUCCUACAGAGACAGUCUCUGCACCCAGUGCAUCACAACCCAUUGCAGAAGCUUUAGGAUCAGAAUCUUCUGUUGAAGUUGAGAAGGACCCGUCUGUCCUGUUGAGGGAAAAGCUGUCCGAACUUGAUUCAAUCACCAGAAAUAUCAAAGCAAGAGUAUUGAAUCGAGUGGAGUCUGCCAAAGCCUCUGGAUCUCCAGUACCUCCCUUUGGUGUCUCUUUGCCUGAGUGUACACACACCCACUCGGGGACUGCCCACAACCAUGUUGGUGGUGGAGGAGAUGAACCUGAGGACUCUAGAAGAGACGAAUGUCACGUUUGUGCUUGCCAUCAAACUGCAAAUGCUUGUAGUGAUGACAGAAGUGAGCCUAACAAAGAGAAAAAACUUCAGAAAAAUUCAGAUGCUUUUGGUGAUCAUCAGUCAGCGAGACCAGCACCUACUUCUUGGAAUGAGAGGAAUAGAGCUAUGCAAAAACAGCGCAGGAUGUGGGAAAGGCACGAAGAUCUCAUUGACUUUGGAACGUUGAGCAUGGAAGACGAAGAUGAGCAGCCCCCUCAUAACGAAGACGUAUCAGAGUGGCUCACAGAGGCAGCCCUGCAGCAAGUAUUUAAUCCAUUCCUUUUCAAUGAUAUCCUCAACAGCAUGAACUCCAGCCGUGGUGUUCAAGUGAUUGAGCUUGAUGACACUGAAGAUUCAGAUGACAACAAUGAUGAUGAAGCCUCAGCUCCUCACAGAGCCACAGAUGAUGCAGGGCCAGAUGUGCACUCAAAUUGUCAGAGAUGGGCCAGAAGAGGCGAUGAAACAUACAGGAAAGAAGCAGCUCACUUUCCCUCUAAUCACAUUAGAAGCAGCACUGCAGCAUGUGAUGCUGAUUCUGGUGUUGACGUUGAUUUGUCAGCAAACUUCCACCCAGGUUCCUGUAGAAAUACAGCUACACGACCUGAAUAUUACUCCUCUCAUCUUAGAGACACCAUGGGAACGCGGACUGCAAGUUCAGAAAGAGAGGAGUCCUCUUGUUCUCUUUCAUCACGACACCAGCAGUCUACUGUACCAUCAUCAGCCUCAGCCACUCCUUCCGAUUCUCCUCAGCACAUGCCCCAAAGAGAUAUUCACCAAAAUACUUCUCAAGGGACUCAGGGAAGGAAGUGCUCUGCCAAUUACUCAAAUCACCGUCAAAGGAAUUAAUUUCAAAAGGGAAAAAGAACAACAAAAUUGUUUUUACUUUAAAGAUGAUUUAUUUUUUCCUAUAAAUAAGGGAUCUAAGGUAAGAACUAUGUAUAUUCAGAACUAAAAGUACUUGGUGCUUAAUGUUGUAGUCAACCAAGAAUUAUUAGUUCCAUUAGCCUGCCUAUAGAAUUGUACAAAGUGUUUUUCUCUCUAUUUUAUUUGUGAGCAAUUGAAUUAAUUGAUCAUUCUGAUUUGUUAUAAAAUUGUAAAUCCAAGAUUUUUCAUGAAUUCAGAGACUUGUAUUUUUCUUGAUAUGAUUGAAUGGUUAUAAUUUUGUGGUUUCUACUGUAAGAAUAAGAUUUUUUUGCCAAAAGGAAGGCAGUCAAUACUGUUUCAAAUAAAAUGAAAUUUAUACUUA